CUCAAAUAACAAUAUUAUUUCAAAUAAUUUAGCUAUUUCUCAGACAUCAUUACAAAAUACAAAUACUACUAAUAGAAAAAGAAAAUCAGAAUUAGUACAAUCAGAGAUUCAUAUAAAAAAAAAACCUUAUAGAACUAUAAAUGAUUCAGAAAAAAGUAUUUUAGAUUCAUUAGCUAUAAAAUUUUUAAAUUUUACACCUACUAACAUUGCUAUUAAUAAAACUUUAACUUCAAUUAAAUGA